GAGGGAGAGGGGGAGAGAGAGAGGGAGAGAGAGAGAGAGAGAGUGAGAGAGGGAGAGGGAGAGAGGGAGAGAGAGAGUGAGAGAGGGAGAGGGAGAGAGGGAGAGAGAGAGAGGGGGAGAGAGAGAGGGGGAGAGGGGGAGAGAGAGAGAGAGAGAGAGAGAGAGAGAGAGAGAGAGAGAGAGAGAGAGAGAGAGAGAGUGCCGAGACGUGCUACCCACGUGGAGACAAGGCCACCGUUGCCGUGGAGAUCAGCCUCCCAGCAGCCAUGCAGUCUGAUGACCUUUUCAUCCGCAAGUUCCGGCGGCAGAACGUGCGCCCUCCGGUGGCCUCGGUCAACUACGACGCCAAGCGGGAGGGGGGGGUGGUGGAGUGGCCCCCCCGGAGGGAGAGCGAGGGCGGCGAGGCCGAGGAGUCGCUGACCCCCAGCCGGGCGGGGCUGGCGCUGCGCUCAGGGGGCCGGGGGCCCAUCAUGCAGAGGAGCAACAGCGACGUCACGCUAGGGGACCCCGACUCGGCCGGCAAGACGGGGGGCAAGGCGGGGGUCCGGGCCGGGGGCGAGAAGGCGGGGCCCGGGGCCCAGGGGGACCUGCUGCACCGCGAGUACGGCAGCCUCUCCUCCCUGGAGAGACAGACCCACGGCCCCCCCGGGCCACACCCCGACGACCGCGGGCCCCUGAGCCCCAACGCGCUGCGCUUCAAGGACCCCUUCCUGCUGCUGGGCCUGCAGGGGACCCCCCCCCAGCCCGACGGCUUCUUCCGCGGCCUGUCCGCCCCCGCCGCCGCCGACUCCCCCAAACCCGCCAAGCCCCCCAAGCCUGAGGGGCUGGCCAAGAAGGCCAAGCCCGGCCCCCCCCAGAUCCCCCAGCCCGGCCCCUACGACAGCCUGGGGGGCGGGGCCUGGGUGCGGAACUUCGCCCACUACGACGUGCAGAGCAUCCUGCUGGACCUGACGGAGGCCGCCUCCAACCGCGACAGCAUCGGCCGCAAGAAGAACAUCACCUCGGGGGCCUCCGCCGCCUCCACGCUGCGGCCGCCGUCCCAGGGCGCCGCCGCCAGCCCCUCGCCGGGCGGGGGCGGGGGCGGGGCCGGGGGCGGGGCCGGGGCCGGGGCCGGGGACGACCCCGAGCAGUCGCUGCUUGUGGACGAGGGCGACGGCAACGACAACGAGCUGCUCCUCAGCUGCCCCCACUUCCGCAACGAGAUGGGCGGGGAGGAGCGGGCGGGGCUGGGGCGGGGCGCGGGGCGGGGCCAGGGCGGGCGUGGCCCCCGGCUGAUCGUCAGGAGCCCCAACGACGCGGUGUCGGUGCUGGAGGAGCCGCGGGAGAGCCACGUGCAGCAGCAGGGGAAGAGCACCUACUUCAUCGAGCACGCUGACCUGGGGGCCCACUACUACCGCAAGUACUUCUACAUGAAAGAACACCAGAACUUCUUUGGCAUUGACGAGCGGCUCGGCCCCGUGGCCAUCAGCUUCCGCCGGGAGGAGCGGGAGGGUUCCAGCGGAGCGCAGUACAACUACAGGAUCAUCUUCCGCACCACAGAGCUGAAGACCCUGCGGGGGUCCAUCCUGGAGGAGUCGGUGCCGUCGGCGGCGCGCCACACCACGCCGCGGGGGCUGUCCCCCAAGAGGCUGCUGGAGUUCAUCAUCCCCGAGCUCAACCUGCACUGCCUGCGCCUCGCCUCCACCUCGCCCAAGGUCCGCGACACCCUGCUGAAGCUGGACGAGCAAGGGCUGAACUUCCAGAGGAAGGUGGGCGUGAUGUACUGCCGGGCGGGCCAGAGCUCGGAGGAGGACAUGUACAACAACGAGGGCUCCGGCCCGGCCUUCGAGGAGUUCCUGGACCUCCUGGGGGACCGCGUCCGGCUCAAGGGCUGGGACAAGUACCGCGCCCAGCUGGACAACAAGACUGACUCCACCGGGACCCACUCUCUCUACACACGCUACCAGGACUAUGAGAUCAUGUUCCACGUGUCGACCAUGCUGCCCUACACCUCCAACAACACGCAGCAGCUGCUGAGGAAGAGGCACAUCGGUAACGACAUCGUGACCAUCGUGUUCCAGGAGCCGGGCGCCGUUCCCUUCACCCCGCGCUCCAUCCGCUCCCACUUCCAGCACGUCUUCAUCAUCGUCCAGGUGCAGCGGCCAGGCUCCACCCACACCAGCUACAGGUCUGAGGCCCCGCCCCUCUCCCCCCCUCUCUCUCUGAACAAUUCCUGUCCCCUGGCUCCUCCUCCUCUCUCCCUCCCCCGCUCCUCUCUCUGUCUCUCUCUCUGUCUCUCUCUCUAA